UUCAAGUUCAACUCCCCAUUACUUUUUCCAGUUUGGUUUCAAACUCUCCAACUCGCUUGUAAAGAUAUGGCUGUGGCUCAGGUCUCUGCUUCUCUCUCAGUCUCCAUCAGAGAUGCGAGUGCAAUUAGCUCAGCAAGUCCUGUUCAGGUUCCUGUUUUGAAUUUGGGUAGAACUGGGACGGCCUUUACUACUGGCUCUCCUCUCGUCAUUAGGACAUGUCAUCAAAGGAAGGUGGCUGGCAGACCAAUGGCACUUUCCAUAAGGAGCGAACAGAGCACCAAGGAGGGCGGUUUGGAUGUGUGGCUCGGCCGGCUUGGGAUGGUUGGCUUUACUUCAGCUGUCGGUGUCGAGAUAGCAACAGGAAAGGGACUUCUAGAGAACUUCGGGCUCACUGAACCCCUACCUACCGCUGCAUUGGCCGUUACUGCAUUGGUCGGAGUUCUAACAGCAGUUUUCAUUUUCCAGUCAGGCUCAGAAAACUAAUCACAAUUGAGAUUGUAUCUUGUCUUUGUAUAGUUUGCAAUUCUGACAUGUACUUUAUACUGAACAUUUGUUCAUUACAGUAAUUUUGUCAGAGUGCCAACAACUGUGGCAACAUUAAGGUUGAAACUGUGCUAUCACAUUUUAAUGAAGGUUGAAAUUCAUUUGAAUGA